CACAAUUAGUGGUUAUCACGAUUUCUCCACUCUCACGAUUCACAGAACUAAUCGUCACGAGGUGAUGUAUGUAGUUCAGUGUUAAAUAUGUUUCUACAGCAUUACUCUUACUAACCUAAGAUGAGUGAUUCGGAGAGGGGUCACCCUGGGAGUGAGAGAAAAGAUGGUGGAAAGAAAAAGGAUGGUAAAAAGGAUAAGAAGGAGAAGGGUUACGUAAUGUUUGAUGCGGACGCUAGUGAUGAAGAUUUGGUUGCACCAGACGACACCAAAAGUCCAUCAAAGAUGAAAAAAGGGAAGGCAUUCAGGUUUGGUUCAAAGAAGGACAUUCUGUCAAGAGUAAGGGAUGAAAAGAAAGAUGGAAAGAAAGAAGAUAAAGAGAAACAUAAAGGAGAAAAGAAGCCGAAGUUGAAGGUAAAGAAGAAGUCAAAACAUCGUGAUUUACCGGCUCAUCCAGUACCGGAAGCCAUUGAGAAGCCAGUGUUUGGUGUCCCGUUGGUGACGGCAAUCGAGAGAAACCGGAGUCACGAUGGUGUACAGUUGCCGGCACUUUUCCGCGAGUGUAUAGACUAUAUUGAGGAACAUGUGGAUAUCUGUAGAAAAUAUGAAGGUCUGAGGUGUGAAGGCAUAUAUCGAAUUUCUGGUGUGAAAUCAAAGGUUCAACAUCUCAAAGAUUUGUAUAACCGCGGGGAGGCAGUAUACCUAGAAGAACAUGAACCGAAUAUCGUAGCCGGUGUACUCAAGCAGUUUCUUCGUGAACUUCCUGAACCUGUUCUUACAAACGCACUUAUUCCGAAGUUUGAAGAAGCAUCUACGAUCAGGAAUGAGCGACGUAGGAUUGAGGGCUUCCUAAAGUUGAUCAAUGAAUUACCGCAGUGUAAUCGUUUACUAUUGUCAUGGAUGAUCGUGCAUAUGACACACGUCAUAGAAAGGCAAAAAGAGAACAAAAUGACACUUCAGAAUGUGUCAAUCGUGUUGAGCCCUACGAUGCAGAUAAGCCAUCGAGUAUUAAAUGUUCUAUUCUCUCACACAAAACAGUUGUUUAAAGAUACAGUCAUAAAAAGAUAUGUUCCUCCCUUGAAACCAGCUACGUCAAGAUGGUCUCUUGAACUGCCCGAUAAUCCAGCGGCCAUCCAGGAGGAAUUGUCCAAGCAAGAGUCUUUAUUAAACCAGCUUCACGAGGAACUUGCUGCCGGUACUGGGGACCCAGAGAAAGAGGAGCAAAUCUGGGAGGUACAGAGGGUCUGUACACAGCUGAAGAGAAAGAUAAAACUUGCACAGAAAAACCAAGAUACAAUGGAGAAACGGAAGAGGGAGAGAGAUGAGAUGAGCAAACGUAAUACAGUCCUCGAGGAGGGUGAUGAGGAGUUGAGGCUAGAGUUAAGGGAGCCUCCAGAAUGUGAGGUGUUGAAUUUAGAGUUGCGUAAGCCACCAGACGAAUUCCAACCAACUGAGCCAGCAGAUGAAGGGGAGAUUACUCCUGUUCCAGAUGCAGAGGAAGGUGUAAAGCAAGAACAAACAGAAGGUGGUGAACCUGAACUAGAACCUGAAUCAGAAAAAGUUGAGAGUGCUAAAGAAGUAAAGCAAAAAGAAUUAGCCAAUCAGAAAGUUCUCCUCAAGGAGUUAGCCAAUCAGAGCAAAGCUAAAAGAGAAAGUCAGGAGAAAGAAUUGGAGAAGGAACAUAAAGAAGUGGUGUCUGAAGCAGUUGAAGAGAACAAAACUGAAUCCGAUGAGAAAGUAGCUGUAAAUGAUGAAGAAGAGGAAACUGAUACAAAGAAGGUAGAGGAAAAUGUUGAACCUCAGGAAACAAGUGCAGAACAAAAGGAAGAAGAACUUGGUACAGAAAGUAACGUAGAACAAGAGAUAGCAGUGGAUGAUAAGGUUGAAGAGAAGACUGAUGUUACAGCAGAGACUAUUAAAGCUGAUCUGGAUAAUAAAAAAGCAAUGCUGUUACAGGAGGAUACGACUGAUUCUGAGCUCGGCCAUUCCCGAGAAAGUAUACAAAAAACAGAAUCUGAGUCGGACGAGUUUGAGCACAGUUUAGAGGAGAUUUUAGAGAGGGAUCUAAAUAUAGAAAGUGACAAGGAUCUCACAGAUCAAGAGGUGCUAGAAGACAGACCAACUGUGUCAGAGGAGACUGUGGUCAAGGUUGAAGUGUCUGAGGAUGUUGACGAACCAGUUGCCAUGGAAACAAAGACACCUGUUCCCAUAGAAACCCCAGAAUCUCCUCCCGCUACAACACCAGUACCGGAACACAUAGAAGAACCUCAAGAAAAAGUUCAGGACGUAUCUGUUGACACAGUGAAUGGGUCGGAGUUGGAAAUCAGUGAAAUUUCUGAGGACGAGUCAAUCAGUGAGGAGGAAUACCAGAAACUUCUCGAGGAAGAAUACGCUCUCAAGUUAGAAGAAGAGGAACUACUUGCAAUAGAGGGUGAACUCCGAAAGAAGAUAGAGACUGAGCGAUGCGAGUCAGAACGUUUACAGCAAGAGAUCGAUGAACUGCAGUACCUACGCCAAGACAGUGACGAGGAAAUACUUAGUACAUCAUCAGACAGUAGUUAUGAGAGUGAAGAUGAAGAUGACUUACAGGAAAUUCUUCAACAGCUUAUCAAAGAGAAUGAGGAACUUGAGAGUGACAACUCAGAGCUGUGUUCAAACAUUCACAAGGAGCGAAUGAUAUGCCUGGCCGUUAAAGUACAGAUUGGAAUUCUGCAACAGAAACAUGUUCACAACCCUGCACAGAACGAAACUUUCACAGAGAAAGAAUCUCUUAUAGAGUUUGAUUGAGCGUUGUCAAAGUUUGAUUGAGAUAGGUACAUGUGUAAUUGAGAUUUGUUUAUAUCGGACAUAUAGUUGAGUUACACAUCUGACAGAGGUGUGUUCAUGAUAAAUUGAUAUUGCUGUGUACUGAAAGGAUUGAAAUGAGUUUGCAUAUAAUUGAGAUACAAGCAUAAAUGAGAUAUGCACACACACGUACACACACACACAUGUUAAUGAGAUAAUGUACAUGAGUAGUUGUGAUGUGUACAUGUAAAUGAGUUUUAUUUAAGAAUAAUUGAGAAAUAUUUAUAAAUGAUUGAUAUACAUGUAUGAACAUGAGUAACUUAGAUAUGUGUUCAAAUAAUUGAGAUAUGUACCAAA